AUGCAACAACAAGACGGCUUUUUGACUGAAGGUUUUGAUUAUUUUACAGAAGCUUUCUGUAAUAUCCCUGAACAUCAAAAACACCUUAAACCUUCCGAUAAUUAUGUCAAUGUUCCAAUAUGGGAUUGCGACUUCACUAAACGAGGAAUUAUUCUUUUGACAAAACAAAUAAUGUUACCUCGUGGAGAUUUAUUUAAUGCUUUAAAUGUGUUAAAAUUGUUGUUUCUGUUACAAACUAAAGUACACAUAAAAUGUCAGGAAAUACUCUACUCAGCUAGAGUCAAGAAGAUAAUAGACAUUGACUGUGAUUAUUUUAUAUUUCUUCUUGACCCACCAUUGUAUCAUGGAGAAGAAGUUAUAAUGUUAAACCCACCAUUCGCUUAA